UGGCUGAGAUAUGGCUCCGCCUACUCCCACGUUGAGCUCCUCAGGAAAGCGAAGAGUGAGAGCGACUACGCGCGCGCGUGGUCGGGCCUCGCCUCAGCCGACCAUGGCGCCCAGUGGCAAUUUAAUGGGGGCAGCCGAAGACCUGGCUGAUCAGUUCUUACGUGUGACAAAGCACUACCUACCUCACCUGGCUCACCUAUGCCUGAUCAGCACCUUUUUGGAGGAUGGCAUCAGGAUGUGGUUUCAGUGGAAUGAGCAGCGGGACUACAUCAACAUGUCAUGGGGAAGUGGUGCACUCUUAGCCACUCUUUUUGUAUUAAUCAACAUGUGUGGGCAGCUGGCUGGGUGCGUGCUUGUCCUAGCCAGAAAGUUUGUCCCUUAUGCAUGCUUUGGCCUGUUUGGAAUCAUUUUCAUGCAGACAAUUGCCUACAGUAUUUUAUGGGACCUCAAGUUCUUGAUGAGGAAUUUGGCUCUUGGGGGUGGACUGCUCCUGCUACUUGCAGAAUCUCGUUCUGAGGGGAAGUCCAUGUUUGCUGGAGUUCCUACCAUGGAUGACAUCUCACCGCGGCAGUACAUGCAGCUUGGUGGCCGGUUGCUCCUGGUUCUCAUGUUCAUGACACUCUUGCACUUUGAACUUGGUGCCUUCACUAUCUUCCAGGACAUCUUUGGCAUGGCUCUCAUCAUAUUGGUAGCCAUUGGCUUCAAGACCAAGCUUGCUGCUCUUACCCUGGUUAUCUGGCUGUUUAUCGUCAACCUGAUCCAGAAUGCCUUUUGGAACAUCCCCACUUACAGGCCCCUCCAUGAUUUCCUCAAAUACGACUUUUUCCAGACCAUGUCUGUCAUUGGUGGCCUGCUGCUUGUUGUGGCAUUGGGACCUGGGGGGGUUUCCAUGGACGAGCACAAGAAAAAGUGGUGAAGAUGGUGGUGAAGAUGGACUCUAAACAGGGUUCAGUGUGUGGACGUGGGUGGGUGGAAGGGAAAGGGAGGGUUGAGAGAAGGAGGAGGGGGAUAAAGUAUAGCUUUUACAGACCUGUGUAGAAUUUUCUUCUCCCUUGAUUGAUUCUCUUGAGGUUUAUCGUAGUUGCCUUAUCAGGAUAGGAGAGCCUUUGCAUUCUAUCCUGUUUGAGACAUGUAAAUUAAAGUCAAAUUAUAUAUAUAUGUAUGUAUAUUGAUUUGCUGAACCUUCAUAUCCUUUGAGAUCCCUUCUCGGGCACUGUGACAUUUUGGCUUAUGAUGUAAGAGGCCAGGAUUAAAACAGUAGAGUGGGGGAAGGCAUUCUAGAUCCUUUGGCCUUGUCCAUUCCACUCCUGUGCUAUGCUUUUGAGGUACUCUCUUCCUCAAAUGUGCUUUGCCUAGCGCGACCUUUCCCAACCAGUGUGCCUCCAGAUGUUGUUGGACCACAACUCCCAUCAGCCUCAGCCAGCAUUGCCAAUGGUCAGGAAAGAUGGGAAUUGUGGUCCAACAACAUCUGGAGGCACACUGGUUGGGAAAGGCUGGUAGUGUGUAAAAUUGAGGACUGUGUUGGGUUUCUCAGGUACACCACAUAUAUUUGUGAUUAUAAAAUAUUUUCCCUUCCUGUUUGUCCUAUAGCCCACCAUACACCUCUUACAUGGGGUGUACACAUGGUGCAGUUUCUGCCCCUCCCUGUUGCCAAGCCUUCUCCUCCUCAGAGCAACUUGACCAGAGGAAGCAUGAAUUGCCCUGGCACUAACACAGUGGCUCAACCUCCUGACACCUGGACGUGAUCCUGAAUUUUGGAAGAAUCUAGGAGGGAAGAAUUGCUUUAAAGACAGAAAGCACCUUCCAGGAUGUUCUGCAAGACCAAGUGUCCAACUUUAGGGCAGAAGAGGAGAAGCAAUGGAUUUAAAUUGGGCUGGGGAGCUUUUUUUGGGCUGAGGCAUUAACGCAGUGGAAAGCUCUCAAGGGCUGCAUUCUAGUAGUGGACAAGUCCAAACCCACACAGAAUCAGACACUCACAAUAAAGGCUAUUUUCCAUGAGAAUAGAGGGGUAUAUUUAAGUCUUAGUAACUCUGCUCAAACUUCACCUUCCAUUUCCUAGGCUUUUUCUUUUUUUUACAAAAUCUGUAGGAAAAAAAGCUCUUGAGUGUGCAAAAGGCGCAAAAAGAGCUUGAUAAUUCCAGCAGAAGAAGAAUGCAAGUGAUGUCACUACACAUCUGAACCAACAAACCCUGCCUGACUAUUCAGCCUCAAACUUCAAAAUGCAUAGACAAUGUUGUGCAUAUUAGCAAGGAACAGAAGCUGAGCCUUGCCUCUGCUGAAAUAUUUUCCCCUCUGCUUUGCUGAGGGAGGAAAAUACAAAAACUUUGUGUUACAAGUGUUCAAUCUUCAUGUGACUGGAGUUUUUCUAGUUUCCUACAGCAGAUCUCCCUAUGGAGGAAGGAGCUGUGGUAGCACUCUUGUCAGUGCACUUUAAUAUUGAAAUAAACUGAUUAGCCAUUCUCUUCUGAA